UCAGUUGAUACUGUGUCUGGCUCAGGAAUCAGUCAUGGGACUGCUGCUACCUGUCCUUCUUGGCUUUCUUGCUGCUCUACUCGGAGGACUGUACCUUCUUGGGGUUUUUCGACAACGGCGACCAGGAGAGCCCCCCUUAGAUAAAGGUCUCAUUCCAUGGCUGGGUCAUGUCUUAGAAUUUCGCAGGAACACAUUCAAGUUCUUGGAGAGGAUGAAUGAAAAACACGGUGAUGUUUUUACCAUUCAGAUUGCAGGAUUUUACAUCACAUUCCUUCAGGACCCCCUAUCAUUUGGGGCUUUUAUAAAGGAGAGUCGAGAAAAGCUUGACUUCAGCAAUUUUGCUGAACAGCUGGUCUACCGAGUGUUUGGUUAUAAAGCUGUUCCAAAUGACCACCAUAACCUUCAGAUCUCCAGUAACAAGCACUUGAAAGGAGAAGGCCUGGGAGUAAUGACACAGGCCAUGAUGAGUAAUUUGCAGAACUUGAUGCUGCACAGCAUCGGCUCAUCUGCAGAUCAAAGGACCUGGAAGGAAGAUGGAUUGUUCAUGUACAGCUACAAUAUUGUUUUUAGAGCGGGCUAUCUGGCCUUAUUUGGCAACGUUCCACACAGAUCAGAGGGAGGUGAGGAUAAAGCCAAAGAAAAAGACAGAGCUGAAUCUGAGGCUUUAUUCGACGAGUUCCGUAAAUAUGAUCAGCUCUUCCCCAACCUGGCAUAUGGGGUUCUCCUGCCAAAGCAAAAGCGAGAGGCUGACAGGUUGCAGGAAUACUUCUGGGAUUUUUUGUCAGUACACAAGAUGAAGACCAAAGACAACAUCGGUGGCUGGGUGUGGGACAUGAUGCAGGCCAGAGAGGAGAUGGGUAUGAAGGAGUCAAUGAUCAACAGGUACAUGUUUGUGCUUCUUUGGGCCUCUCAGGGCAACACAGGACCUUCUUCGUUUUGGACGCUCCUGUUUCUCUUGAAACACCCAGAAGCCAUGAAAGCAGUGAAGGAUGAGGUGGAUAAAGUUUUGAAAGAGUCUGGGCAGGAAGUCAAACCUGGUGGCCCUUUGAUCGACCUGACUCGUGAAAUGCUGAUGAAUACACCGGUCCUGGACAGCGCUGUAGAGGAAACCCUCCGACUCACAGCUGCACCCCUCCUCACCAGAGCAGUUCUCCAGGACAUGACCCUCAAGAUGGCAGAUGGCCGUGAAUACUUCCUCCGUAAGGGUGACAGAAUGGCCGUUUUUCCUUACAUUGCAGUUCAUAUCGACCCAGAGGUCCACCCUGACCCGCACUCUUACAAAUAUGACCGCUUUCUGAACCCAGAUGGAAGCAAGAAAACUGAUUUUUACAAAGCCGGGAAGAAGGUGAAGUACUACAACAUGCCCUGGGGAGCAGGAGUCUCCAUGUGCCCAGGGCGCUUCUUUGCCACCAAUGAGCUGAAGCAGUUCGUUUUCCUCAUGUUGGUCUAUUUUGAGUUUGAGCUGAAGAAUCCUGAUGAGAAGAUUCCUGAAAUUGACUUCAGGCGAUGGGGCUUUGGGUCCAUGCAGCCCCAGAAAGAUGUUGAGUUCAGAUACAGACUCCGAUAUUAAACUCGUCUGAUUUUGAUAAUCUCUUCAACUUUUUUUUGAUUAUCCUGUUGUUCCACUCAAGAAGUGCAUUAUGGAAGUAACCUAAAAAAAAACCUGAUAUUAUACAAUUUAUGUUUUUGAUAUUUUGAAGAGAGAAGAUCUGUUUGUUUCAAAAUGUAAAUGCACUAUUUUCAGAAUUUCAGACUCUGUAAAUAACUCCAUAUUUAGUCUUUUUGUAAAUCAUUUGUGAGAUGGAGAAGUUUCAUUCAACUUAAAAUAGGUUUAACUAUAUUUCAUGGCCAUACACAUGUUAACAGUGCUUGCUAUGAAUACCUGAAAAGUUAUGUUUUGUGGUUUAGUUUUCCCAUCAUGCUGUGCUCCAUGUCCACCUAUGCAAGUAUAGUUGCAAAUAUUUGCCUUUUAAUUUGGUUGUGUCAGACUUUAUAGUGGAAAGUGGAAAAAUGUGUUUUGGGCAGUUUUCAAUAACAUUAGUUCUCUUGAAGUGUUUUCAAAAGUGCUUAAAAGGGAAAGCAGAUGCACAGAAAGUGUCAUUCAGCUGCAGGAAACAGAAUUUUUCCUAUUCGCACUAAGCCUUGAUUGUUUUUGUCCACGGUGAUUUCAAUAAAUAUUUCAAUUGUUUAUAUUACA